AUGCGGUUUGGGAAGACCCUCCGCACUGCGGUGUACCCUCCCUGGAAAGGAAAGUACAUCGACUACGCCAAACUUAAGACACUUCUGAGAGAGCAUGAUGUCACUGGGGAGGAUGCCAGCGACUCGGACGACGAUCAAUGGACCGAGCAGGACGAGGAGGCCUUUGUGCAGGAACUACUCAAUGUGCAGCUGGACAAAGUGAAUUCCUUCCAGGCAGAGACCUCACAACAACUCCGAGAACGUACAACUGCUUGUGAAGAUAAAUUGCGACCAUUGGCACCCGCCCCGGAGCAAGACGCCCCCGCGCUCGACGAUCAGAAGAAGAGAACAAUUGCUUCGGAGGUUCUUCAAGAGCUGGACAACAUUACAAAGGAAGUCAGUGCCUUGGAAAAAUACAGUCGGAUCAACUUUACAGGCUUCCUCAAGGCUGCAAAGAAGCAUGACCGAAAGCGUGGAGCCCGAUACCGAGUGAAACCGUUGCUCCAAGUGCGACUUUCCCAAUUACCUUUCAACUCGGAGGACUAUUCCCCUCUUGUCCACCAGCUCUCAGUGAUGUACUCCUUUGUUCGAGAGACAUUGAGUCAAGACAUCGUGCAACCAAAAGAGCCAGAGCGUGGAUUUGGCCGUGAGACAUACUCUUCCUACAAAUUCUGGGUCCACGAAGACAAUGUUUUGGAAGUGAAGACUCAUAUUCUCCGCCGUCUCCCCGUUCUGAUCUAUAACCCCGGAACCUCCAAGGACCUCGAUACCCUGACUGAAGACCCGACCAUUACCUCCCUAUACUUUGACAACCCUCAAUUCGACCUCUACAACCAGAAGGUUGCACGAGCCCCCGAGGCUGGAUCUUUGCGACUUCGCUGGACGGGGUCACUGAAGGACAAGCCUGCUGUGUUCCUGGAGAAGAAGAUUGUCACUGAAGACGACGAAAGCCGACAGGUCAAGAUCCAGCUUAAGAACAAGCAUAUCAAGGAAUUUUUGGACGGCCAAUACCGGUUCGACAAGAAGGUCAACCGUAUGGAGGACUCUGAAAACGGAGAGUCAGCAGCCGCGGAAGCUUUGAAAAAGGAUAUUGAUGAGCUCCAGUCCUUUGUCAAGGAGAAUGACCUGCAACCUAUGCUCCGUGCCAAUUACACGCGCACUGCAUUCCAAAUCCCCGGUGAUGACCGCAUCCGCAUCUCUCUUGAUACAAACCUUGCCCUGAUUCGGGAGGAUUCUCUCGACACCGAACGUCCCUGUCGCGACCCAGCUGAGUGGCACCGCGCCGACUUGGAUGAUGCCGACAUGACCUAUCCCUUCAACAACAUCAGAACGGGAGAGAUCAAUCGCUUCCCCCACGCUCUACUCGAGAUCCAGCUUCGGGGCAAGGCCCACAACACUGAGUGGAUUAACGACCUGAUGGUAUCCCAUCUGGUCAAGGACGCUCCUCGAUUCUCCAAAUUUGUUCACGGUGUUGCUUCAUUGUUCGAGGACCAUGUUAACAGCUUCCCCUUCUGGCUUGGUGGGCUGGAAAAUGAUAUCCGCCGCGAUCCCGAAACUGCAUUCCACGAAGAGCAAGAGAGAUUGGCACGACGAGCCGAGGAAGAUGUCGCGGUGGGCAGUUUCAUGGGUGGAGCAAACAGCCCAACUCCCCGUGCCCUUGUUGGCUCACCCUACCACCACUCUUACGGAGGCUCUCCCACUGUUGUACGGAGACAAUCAGCCAUCACCGAGCCUGCACCGCGGCCCUCCCGCCCUUCAAUUCCCCAUAUACAGCCCCAAGAGCCCGAAUAUGAUGACGAACCCGAAGAAGAGCCUGAACCGCCUUCUCGCCUCGAGUCCAUUCUUAAGACUGUGGGAUUGUCCCCUGAGCGCUGGCUUGGACAGGCUCCUGUUUCCCUGCCUCCUGGCGUCCGACACCCUGGUAUCUGGAUCAAGGAUGCUGGCCCCGUUCGUGUUGAAAGCAAGGUUUGGCUGGCCAACCAGCGAACUUUUAUCAAAUGGCUGCACAUCAGUAUCCUGUUGUCGAGUCUGUCCCUCGGUCUCUAUAACGCCGCUGGCAAGCACAACCGAAUUGCCCAGACCCUAGCUGUGGUGUACACAUUCUUUGCCAUCUUUGCUGCAGGAUGGGGUUGGUUCAUGUACGAGAGACGGGCACGACUCAUCCGUCAGCGAAGCGGCAAGGACCUGGAUAACAUGAUCGGUCCUAUCGUUGUCUGUAUCGGGUUGGCCAUUGCCUUGGUCUUGAACUUUAUCUUCAAGUACUCCGCGGCACUUGCGCAACAUGAUAAUCCCCCCUCCGUCGAUGUGCCUGUUUACUCCAACUCGUCGGCUGCAUUUGACGGUAAUUCGGGGGCUCAGUGGGCCAGUCAGGGCCAACAGGUUCUUUAG